AUGGGAAGAACGAAGGCCAGGUCCAAGAAAUCCAUUGAGGACGAUGCCACCAACAAUUUGGGGAUGGAUAACAGGGCAGCAGAAGCUCCAAGGAAGAGGGGCAGGCCAAAGAAAGUGAUUCAACACGAAAGCGAAGAAGAUCAACAAGAGAAAGAAGAGAAGCAUGAAGAACAGGAGGGAGUUCUAGAUGAUCACUUUGAUCCAAAGCCAUUCUUUGAAGACAGUGGCAGCAGCAAAGAUGUGGUUAAUGCCCACAAGCAAGAACAAAACGAAGAAGCUCCAGCUCGCUUUCUUCCAAGAAAAAGGGGGAGGCCUCCCAAAGCCAAAGCAAUAGCAGUAGCUCCAGAGCAGCAAGCCAAGAAGAAAGGAUACAGUCGACGCAAGAGUGAGCCACACAGAGCCGCUGGCUUCGCUGCCAAAUGA